AUGCGAGCAUCCGCCUUGCUGCGGUCCAGGGACGAAACGUCCUUCAACUCGGAGGUCGAGCGGGGCGAGGAUGGAUCUCUUGCGAUUGGCCAGGAUGUAAGCCUCGGUGAUCUGGGUGAUGCUUCGAUGGUAGGGGGGAGAUCUGGGUCUAUGGUUUCGGGUGGUGCUGCUGAGACAGAGGGCCAACUUCAGCUUCCGAGCCUGGAGGGUGGCAAAAAGGCAUCCUCUUUGAUCAAUCCGUACAUGCAGGCGGCCCUCCAGAGAGCCACCAAGCUCGGGGAUGCAUUGGCUAAGCUACGUGCUGUUCCCCCAUCGGAGCAAACUGAUGCCAUCAAGAAGAUGCUGUCGAAGAUGGAAAGCACGCAGAAUGCCUUGGAGGCAUGCCAGGAUGCAAUGCAGGAGAUCUAUUGUGCCGGAGCUGUGGAGGGAUAUUCGAGAGAGCCCUCCAGUAGCACUAGUGUUAUGCCCAGGCAAGAGGAUGAGCUCAUCAAGCAGUACAAGCCCAUGCAGGAACACCCGAGAACUCAGGGCCAUCGAAUCUUCGGCUUUCGAGACCAGAUCCAAAGCUGCUAUGCCGAAACGCCGUCCUGCGCAGGUCCGGGACCUACGGCACGGGAACUGAUCCAUGCCCUUGGAAAUGGAGCUACCUGGCCUCAUGCUCCGGCUGCACGCAUCGUCCGCCUGGCCAAGGCCAUCGAGGAGGAGCAGCCAGGCAUCCUUGGCGGCAUCAGGCUGAUUAGCAAGCUGGAUCUACCGAAGGGGGAGCAGUGCAUCCCUUACAUGCUGUUUGGGGACGAGGGAAGGUCCCUCCGGAAGAGUCCAAUACAAAUCGUAUGCCUGGAGACUGUUUUUGGCCAGGGCACUUUCGACAACUAUGAGGAGCUAUGCAAACAAGGCAAGCAGGUGGAUGCCAGGGCCAUGCUGGGUACAAUGGUUCACACUGGGAAAGGCUCCUCCUUUCUGUCCCGACUUUUGCUUUAUGCCCUCCCUCAUGCCUUGUACCGUUCUGACUCCGAUGUGAGCUACAAGCAGUUUUGGUAUGACUGCAUGGAUCAAGUUGCCAGGGCUGCUAUCCGAGUUUUCGAGGAAGGCAUCCCUCACCGGCUGGGCACAUUCUAUGGUGUUUGUGUUGGCUUCAAGGGGGAUGCCCCUUUCCUGGCGAAAGCUGCCAAGCUCGGGAGAACCUUUAUGUCUGUGGGCGGGCACAACAAGGGCAUUUGCCCAUACUGCGAGGUCCUGACCUACCCUGGGAAGAUGUGGGGCCAGGAAUAUUCUGCCGUGAGAUCGAUUCCUUUUACAACCGCUUCGCCCGAACAACUGCUGCAGCCAGACCUCUUCCACACGGUGAAGCUCGGCAUAGCCCGGCAUUUUGCCGGGUCCUUCCUGGUGCUGGUGGCUCACUGGGGCUACUUCUUCGAAGCUGGGAAAAAUAGCUUUCCUGAUGUGCUGGCAAGGAUGUAUACUGACUUUAAAGCUGCAUGUGCAGAGAUGCGGCUCACGCCGAACAUCAAGGGCUUCACCAAGGACACUUUCCACUUUUCCAACUUCGAAAGCUGGCCCUGGGCCGGCUGGAAAGGAUCAGACACUCUUCUGGUUCUCCGCUGGAUGAUCAUGCUGCUCAGGCAUGGGUGCUGGUCUGGUGGUGCAAGGAGGUCUCCGUGGCUGCAGCACCCGCGAGAAGCCGAUCAUGGACCGGUGUUCAAAGCUGUUCAUGAUGGAUGCUGUGCGAUCUUGACUUUGUUUCAGGUUGCCCAGAAGCAAGGUAUAUGGCUGCACCGGAAUUGGGCUGUCCGGCUGCAUUCCUCCAUCGACCUGUUCUGCUCCUCGUACAAAUAUUUAGCUGGUCUAUUCUUCACGCGAGGCCUGAACAGGUUCCACCUGGAGCCAACUUUGCAUCAGCUCAAACAUUUUAGCAUCCGCAUCCAAGAACAGCUGGCCAACGAAGACGUCGAGGUCAUCCAAAACCCUGGGAUGUACAUUUGCGAGAUGAGCGAGGACUUCGUUGGACACGUCUCCCGAGUAAGCAGACGUGUGGCUGCUCGGAGCUGCGGUCUCCGGACACUCCAGAGGCACUUGAUCAGAGUGCACAUGUUCUGGGCGGCAAAAAAUCGAAGCAGCUGA